AAAAUUGGAUCUUACCUUUGACAGCUCUGACAGCACUUGACAAGUGCUCGAGUGUUUGACGUGUUUCACCAUGUCUGAGAGUUUCGGCAAUUCAAGAUUAAUUAACUCUGCUUACACGUUAUGAUUUUACAUCAAGUUGUUAAAAGUUAAGAAUGGCUGAAAUAGAUAUUUUCGACAAUAGCGAAGGACAGCUGCCACAAGAUCUGGGCGACGAUGUCGUUCAAGAGGUUCUUAAAACUGGCACCGACUUGCGUCAGUAUUCCAGGCAGAUUGAAAAGGAGCUCAAGGAGGUCGAAAAUAAGUCGAUUCAAGAUUACAUUAAGGAGAGUCAGAACAUAGCCAGCCUGCACAAUCAAAUUGCUGCUUGUGACAAUAUUCUGGAGAAAAUGGAGUCAAUGUUGAUGAAUUUUCAGUCGGAUUUAGGGAGUAUCAGCUCCGAAAUACUUCACCUGCAACGUAAAUCUGUCGCUAUGACCCAACAACGAUCUAAUAGGCAACUAAUACAUGCUCUUCUUAAUCAAUUCAUCGAGGACAUGACUGUGUCUGAAGCUCUGAUUGCUGGCAUUAUGGAUUGUCCUGUAACUGAAAAGGAGUUUCUAGUUCAGUUGGAAACCCUCAAUCAUAAGAUUAAUUUUGUAAAAGAACAGAGUUUUAAAGAGGCAAAAUCCUGUUUGGAUAUAAAGGAUAUAUUAGAGAAGCUGAAGGUAAAGGCAAUGGCAAAGAUCAGGGAAUAUUUGCUGGAGCAAAUCUACAAGUUCAGGAAGCCAAUGGCAAAUUAUCAAGUGCCGCAGAAUAACAUGCUGAAGUAUAAGUUCUUCUUCGAGUUUAUCUUGGCAAACGAGAGAAAUGUGGUGGAGGAGAUCUGUGGAGAAUAUGUCGACACUAUGAGCAAAGUAUAUUACUCAUACUUCAAGUCCUAUUGUUCAAAAUUAAUGAAAUUGCAGUUUGAGGAGAGAGCAUCGAAGGACGAUCUGAUGGGAGUGGAGGACACGGCGAGCAGAGGUAUAUUUCACAAAACAACAUUGAAGCACAAAGGCACUGUCUUCUCUAUAGAUAAAAGAGAUGAGGUUUUGUCCACCCAAUUUGAAGCGAGCAUUAUCAUUCCACAUGUCCAUAAUCAUACUGCCUCUAAGACACGGUAUCAUUACGAGGCUUUGUUCAGAAGCAAGCAGUACGCUUUGGUCGAUAAUGCUUGCAGAGAAUAUCUGUUCCUGGUCGAAUUUUUCAAAGUUCGUAAUAAACAGGCAUUAGACAUCUUCAAUCAGGUCAUGGGAAAGACAUUGAUUCUCAUGAAAAAGAACUUGCAGUCAUUCGUCGACGAUUGUUACGAUACGAUCGCUCUGUUUCUCUGCUUGCAUUUGGUGAUGCGAUAUCAGUUGAUAUGUCACAAGAGGGCUGUGCCAGCAUUGGAUAACUACUGGGAGGACUUAACAGCCAUUAUAUGGCCUAGGUUUGAACGCGUGUUCCAAUUAAAUAUACAGAGUAUAAAGGAUUGCGAUCAAUCGAAAUUCAACAAAGAGACUGGUCCACAUUAUAUUACCAGAAGAUAUGCAGAAUUCAGUGCAGCAAUAGUAAGCAUAGUCGAAGGGUUUCCCUGCGAAGGUGCGACUCAGUUACUGGCCGAACUACGAGACGCCGUGCAAUGCUUUCUGCUGAGGAUGGCAUCCAUCUUCCCGAAUCGAACGCAGCAGUUGGUGUUUCUUAUCAAUAAUUACGACUUGAUACUUGGUGUGUUAAUGGAAAGAACACGAGACAACUCGAAGGAAGCGGAGAGCUUCCGCGAACUGUUGAACGCGCGCUCCUCCGAAUUUGUCGAGGAAGUGCUGAGUCCGCAUUUCGGCGGUAUAAUCCAGCUGGUGAAGGAAUCGGAGGCCCUGAUCGAUAAGGGCCAGAUGGACGAUUUGAAACGGCAGGAGGGGAAAGCACUGGCUCUGGUGCAGUCCUUCACGAACAAUUGGAAACGGGCGCUGGAGGAGAUACACCGGGAGGUGCUGCAGUCGUUUCCCAGUCUGGUACUCGGCGGGGCGCUCGUGCAACGCACGAUGACACAGCUAGUGCAAUAUUAUCAUCGUCUCCACAAGAUACUGCCGCCGAAUGCACGCGCGCAGCUCACGAACAUACAUCACAUAAUGGUAGAGAUUAAAAAGUAUAAGACAAAUUAUUAGGCAGUCUCCUGGUGGUACUGAUCGUUCGAACGGCACUCAUCAAUAAUCGCUAAUAUAUUAUAAAAGAAUCAUCGUUGUAAAUAGGAUAUAAUCGAGUUAAUAACUAUUUAUUAGAUAAAGAUGGUAAACUUUAAUCUAUCACCGAGCAUUGUUCGGGAGAAUCGGGGGAACGACGGUGCAAAUACACACUCGCAGAAGUUAAAUUCUGUACAUUUAUUUAUAAAACGAUACGACCUAUGAGUAAAAUGCUAAGCAUGGUACUUACGUUACCAUUCUAUACAAUAGCGAUUAUAAUCUCUCCAUGCUCUUUUGUGCACACACGAGAGCGCACGAAUCUCCAAAUGUAUAUGUAUAUAUAACAUAUAGAUAUUUAUAUUAUAUAAAUUAGAACGUAUACACACACACGUAUAUAAAAGUUAAAAAGUGUGGUUUCGUUACUUUUCGUUUUUCUUGGAUUUCGCGUCACUUAUGGCAUAACGUAUUAAUUUGUUAAUGACUGAAUUUUUUUACGAUGAGUAGGAUUACACUCAUUUACGGUCAUUUCGACGUGAUCAAAUUUUAUUCACCUUGCGAUCCAUGGCGCUCACGCAGGGAAUUUACGCCCAUUUGGUAUAUUGAGUUCACUGACCUUUCAAGAAAAAUUAUAAUACAUCUAAUGAUGUCUUAUGAAUAAUAUCUCACCUGCGUAGAUUGUAGUCCGUACUACAGUUCAAUUCUUAAUUUACGCUCACGAACCGUCGUUUUACAAUACACCGUCGAUAGCAUGCAACACUCCAUUUGUCGCUGGCACGUUAUGCGUUACCACGUGAGCCUCGUUUACACGCACUCGACCUACAAUAAUGAAACAAUAAUGUUCACUGAGUAACCUGAAAAAGCUAAUUGUUUUAAUUAAACACUUGUAUAAAAAUAUUAAUAAAUAUUAAUAUUAACAA